AUGCCUGUUGCUGCCGCGGAAUCCAAAGCAUCCACCGAGGCUCCUACCGCGGAAGACCGAGUGGAAGAGGCAAGGGACUCUGCGGUCGUGGCUGAAGCCGAGGCAGCAGCUGUGGGGCAGGAAGCCUUGGAAACGGCAGUGGCAGGGGCCAAGGAGCAGGGCCUGGAUGUGGAGAUCACGGCUGCCGAGCCGACUUCGGGUUGCAACCUCUUUGGUCUUUCAAAGAUCGUGUUGGACUCCAUUCGGAGCUGUCAGGCCGCGCGGAACUUGGAAGGAAAGCUGCGAAGCGAGCGCAGUGCCUUCGAGGCGCAGAGCGCCAAACGUGACCAGGAGCUCGAGCAGAAGACCCAAGAGGUCCGAGACCGAGAAAACGAGCUUCGCAAGAAGGAGCGGGAGGUGGACUCUCUCCGAGACCAGGCUCGCAAGCUCGAGGACCAGGUUCGGCAGGAGCGGAGAGCCUCUGAGGACCUCGAGUACAAGAACCAGGGCCUGGUUCAGGAGCUUCAUCUGCGAAAUCGCCAGCUCCAGGAGCAGUCUGAAGAAAUGGCGAACUACAUCCGUGAGCUUGAUGCGCAGUCCAGGGGCGACAUCCCCAGUGUCAUCAAGGAGGUCAGACAGGCACGUGAGGAAGAGCCGGAGAAUGCCCUGCUGAAGGAGCGGCUUGCGAAGUCCGAGGCUGAUGUGGAACUUCUGCGACAGUGGAAAGACCACGAGGGUCACAGAUAG